AUGGCAGACCUCGCAAAGAUUGAGCAGCACUUGACCACCAGGUCUUACGUCGACGGCUACGCGCCCUCUUCGGCCGACGUCAAGCUGUAUGACUCCCUUAACGGUGUCGCCCCCGAUGCCAAGCAGUACCCCCACGCUGCCCGGUGGUACCGCCACAUCCUUUCGUACGCCUCGGAGCACUCCACCCUUCCCGCCGGCACCAACUUCUUCUCCGCCCUUUCCGCCCCUGCCGCCUCAGCCGACAAGGCCGCACCAGCAGCAGAAGAGGAGGAUGAGGACAUCGACCUCUUCGGCUCGGACGAGGAGGACGAGGAGGAGGCCGAGCGGAUCAAGAAGGAGCGUGUCGAGAAGUACAACGAGAUGAAAGAGGCCAAGAAGCAGGAGAAGCUCGCGGCGGGCAAGACGCUCGAGGUUGCCAAGUCGGUCGUUACCCUCCAGGUGAAGCCGUGGGACGACGAGACAGAUAUGGAGGCCUUGGAGGCGGCUGUCCGGGCGAUCGAGAAGGACGGUCUCUUGUGGGGAAAGAGCAAGCUGGUUCCCGUUGGUUACGGUAUCCGCAUGCUGCAGAUCAACUUGGUCAUGGAGGACAAGAUCUCGCUCGACGAGUUGCAGGAGGAGAUUCAGGAGAUCGAGGACUACGUCCAGUCGACCGACGUCGCUGCCAUGCAGAAGUUGUAA